AUGGGCGCCAGGGGAAGUCAUGAAGAGGCACCGGUGAGCAGGAAGGAAAGUAGCGGUGCUGCGAAGGUGGAGGACAGGUUUUGCCUCACCGAACGAGACAGAGCUGGCUGCCUGUUCGUCAUCUCCACCCCUUCUAAGCCCAAGCCUGCAGGCAGCUCGACGCAAAGUGACGACUACCACUACAGCGUCGUAGUGGACGUGUCGGGCGAGUCUGACGACAGCUGGCUGGUGGGCAAGGAGCUCAGCGUUCAAGUCGAUGCCGCGUCCAAGGUCUGCUACGUCUUCCGGCACGACAAGGGGCGAUGGACCCUGGCCAGCCUAGCCACAUGGAAGCAUCUCGGCCGACUGCCGCUGCCACCUGACCUCUUUGCAGACGAAGAGAGCUUCAACUCGGCACACCCCGACUUGUGGGGGACCAAGCUGGAUAUGAUGGCCAGCGAGCUGUACACACAGAUGGUGAAGGAGCUCGGCCGAAAGAGCUGGCCCCACGAGCCCUCCUUCAUGUUCGCCGAGCGAGUUGCAGCUCAGCUGCUGCGCGAUGAGCUUGUGGCCGCACCCUCCAGCGAAGAUGGUUGA